GAGGAGGAGGUUGCGCUGGGACACGGUUAGAGAAAGACGACGAUAUCGAAGAGCUGAAAACAGACGGCUUCAGAGCCGACCUCAGCGAAGCUAACAUUAGCCGAGCGGCUAACUCUCUUAUCUCGGCUUCCUGACAUUGGUUAGUGAAUAAACAGAGCUGGACUGGAUUGAGUUGCUCUCUAAAUACAAAACACAGGAGACACAAGAAGGAUUGUGAUUAUACUUGAAACGAGAAAAUAUUUGCCAGAUGAAGCAUACGUAUAUUGUAGAAGGAUAGGUCAUUCCCUGCCUGCACAGAAGGGACUGAUUGGUGUUAAUAUUCCAAGUUCACAAUGAAGGUUUGAGACAAGUGAGUUCUCAGGUGGAUCCUGAGUUGUGAUACAAAGGUCUCCUGAGCUCAGGUACAUCAGAGCUCACUGGGCGAGUAAUAUGAGCCAUGGACUCUGGGGCAAUUGAUAGUCCUGUAACCCUGGUCAUCAGGGCCCCUAACCAGAAAUAUGAAGACCAGACCAUUAACUGCUUCCUCAACUGGACAGUAGAGAGGCUGAAGAGUCACAUCUCCAGUGUGUACCCCAGUAAACCGUUGUCAAAAGAUCAGCGGCUGGUGUACUCAGGCCGGCUUCUCCAGGACCACUUGCAACUAAAGGAUGUGCUGAGAAAGCAGGAUGAUUACCACAUGAUGCACCUAGUGUGCACCUCACACAGUCCACCCAGCUCACCUGUUCCUCGGAGCCCUAGCUCCAGGUCUCCUGCUUCAGACUCCAGUAGUUCUGAUAGUGCCAGCUCCUCCUCUCCUGUUGCCACGCCAAACCAGGACAGUCAAGCAGCCUCCUCCUCUUCCUCCCCUGGGAGUCAUGACGGCUUGAGACAUCGUGGAUCUCUCCCUCCCUUCAGCCCCCCUGGUGCUCCUCAAUGGCCCGAUGGAGCUCAGGUCCCAUUACAAGGGGGCCUUCCUGCCAACAUGCCCCCCCACCCUAUGUACAUGCCCAUGCAGAUGCUGUGGUGGCAGCAGAUGUACGCACGCCAUUACUACAUGCAAUACCAAGCAGCAGUUGCCGCAUCUCAGCCUUCCGGUGCCCCUCCCCCCUCGUCCCCUUCACUCCCCCCUCAGCAGGCUGCUAGACCGAACGAGGCUGUGCAGGCCCCACCACCAUUGGGGCCUAACCCGGCCCCCAACCCUUUACCUGACAACCCACAACCCAAUGCUAACAUCCAGAUGAAUGCACAUGCUGGCGCUGUGUUGAAUGAAGAUGAGCUGAACCGCGAUUGGUUGGACUGGUUGUACACAGUGUCUCGUGCUGGCGUCCUCCUCAGCAUUGUCUACUUCUACUCCUCCUUCAGCCGAUUCAUCAUGGUGAUCGGUGCCAUGCUGCUUGUCUACCUACACCAGGCUGGUUGGUUUCCCUUCAGGCCAGAACAGCAGAACUUCAGAGAAGCGGAACGGGCUGCAGCUCCUCAGGAGGAAGCACAGAGACAUCAGGACAUACAGGAAAUGGAACGUCUAAUGGAUGAGGGAGUGGAGGAUGAAGACAGUGGUGAAGAAGGAGGUGGAGCUCCAGAGGACCAAGCCCAGGCUGAUGCUCCACCUGCUGCUGCCACUCCUUCCACUCCUGCUAAUCCUGCUCCUGCUCUUCCUGAGCCCGGCCUUCUUACCACCGCAUGGUCCUUCAUCAGCACCUUCUUCACCUCACUCAUCCCCGAGGGUCGGCCACAACCAGGCAAUUAGGCAGACCUGUUACCUCUAGGAAUCUCUCUUCUGCCAGCAGGUGUCACUCUACAGCAAUUCUUUCAUUUCACAUAUCUGCCCUGUACUAAUCCAGAAAACCAUUUUGUUGAGAAAUGGUUAGAUACUGUAUUGAUGCCAGGAGACACUACCCAAGCUUCUCGGCUGAAGACUGUCUAUGCUGCCAAACAACUGACAGAAGCAGGUAGUGUUUGAGCUGACACUAACAUGAUGAAAGACACGUGAUGAAUGUCACACUGUGAUAUACAGGAGUUCAUGCUUGUUCAUUGAGGUCUUUUGCAUUCAUUAAUCAUCAAUCAAAGGUUGGUGACGUCUGUCUUCCAUUUAAAGCAGUGAUCAAGGUUCACUUCUGAUACUUUUUAAUUCUGACAUAAAUAUAUAUAUAUAUAUAUAUAUAUAUAGAAAAAAGUCACGACUAGCCCUUACAAGAUAAGGAAAUCUAAAAAUAAUGGAAAUGACAUCUUUGGAGAUUUUUUUAUUUAUGCACCUGAAGUGCAUAUGAACGUUGUAGCUACUAAAGCACAUUGUUUUCCCUGUUAAUAUAUAUUUACACAUGUAUAGUAUAUGCAUCUGUAAUUCUUGAAGAUAUGCUUUUGGAAUAAAACAAAUACUUGUUGCAUUUGA